UGCAGCUUCACAAUCAACCAUCUUCAUUAUCUAGCUCCAUCAACAUGCCUGUCACGCUCAACACAUCCUCCCAACUGCCCCGUCGAUGGAGAGACGACAAAACCUCCAGCGCCGACCAGCUCUUCGCCAACUCCUGCCCCGAAGAACACCGGAAGAGCAAGCGCAUCAUCCAACAUUCCAUCUCCCCCAGCCAGUUCGACGGCCACCUUUCCUCCUCGCAGAAUGGCUUCGUCCGUGCCGUGUGGCAUGCGUAUAGCGGCCACCACCACCUCACUGUCCGCCCCGAAGACGUCUGGUUCUCGAUCCUGACGCAGAUCAACUUUUACAUCAACGCACACGCCGAAGAACUGCGAUCGUUGUUUGUCGCUCAUGAAGGCCAGAAAGAGCUGUCAGUGUCUGCCGGCGGCACGAUCGACACUGCCAACUUUGGCGCCCUCGCCGUGGAAAUGACCAGAGUGAUUGAGGAGAAUGUUGUCGACCCAGAACUGCGCAGCUGGAUCAUGCCCGACUUCACCACCACCACCGAGUCCGACAAGGUUGUUGCGGCUGUCCUGCUGAUGGGCACUCUGCAGAAAUACUUCUCCUACAACAUGAUGCUGAUGUGCGGCAUCCCCAGCGUCACGCUGCUCGGUGAAAAGAAGGACUGGGAAGCCCUGGUGGCCAAGCUGGACAAGCUGCCUACCUUUGGCAAGGAACCAACCCAGUUCGCCAGUCUUCUACGCCCCGUGUUGACUCGCUUUGUUGCCUCUUUCGACGAUCCUACAUCGCAGGAAACCAUUGAUUUCUGGAGCAAGUCCGUCCACAAGAGCGGUGGCAGCGGUCCUCACUAUCUGUCCGGUUGGAUUACCGCAUUCUGCUUCUGGAACCAAGAGGGAGUGCCCCUAUACCGGGAGCCAACGGGGCCAGUGUCGCUGGAGGAUUUCAAGGCUCAGAGCGCCGGAUGCGAACUGGAUGGUGUUUUGUUCCACCGCGUCGACACGGACAACAUCCCGACUGCCUUUGCCCACGUUCCCGUCAACGUGAAUGACAAUGGCCGCGAAUACAAGACGACCAUGCUGGCUGGGUUGAUUGGCAUUGAAGCCAAGUCGAGUGGAGCCGUACUGCAGGUUGAUCUGGAUUACGAAUACGGUUUCACGGGCACAAAAACACCCGGGGUUGAUUCCAUUAAGCCCGUUUCUGGGUGGUUCAUGUAUGAGAAUAAGUCUGAGGCUGAGCUGGCAGCGCUGCAGACCGAAGAAGUAGUAUAUACCGUGUAGAUAGAUACCAACAGACAUCCAUAAUCUGACGAACCAUUUAGAGAGCUCUGAAUCGAUGAAAGCGCAAGUGCAUAUAUCGUGAAGUACGUAAUUCAAACAUGUAUCCUUUGAUCAUAACGUCAAUAUCAUUCACCAUGCAUCAACUCAUGAAGCCCUCCCGUGCUGCCCCCAAUUAUCACCGGCAAUCCAGCUAGUUUUCUCUUCUCGCUAGUCUCUCUUUUCCACCGGUAGAAAGC